CGAGCCCGGAGGCGGAACCCGGCGCGCCCCCGUCGCCAGCCGGCUGCUGUGCUGGCUUCGAAGCUGAGCCGGGCCGAGCGGGUGGGCUGCCCGGGACGGCGCCAUGAAGCUGUACAGCCUCAGCGUCCUGUACAAAAGCGAGGCUAAGGUGGUGCUGCUCAAAGCCGCGUACGAUGUGUCCUCCUUCAGCUUCUUCCAGAGGUCCAGUGUUCAGGAAUUCAUGACCUUCACAAGUCAACUGAUUGUGGAGCGCUCGGCAAAAGGCAGCAGAGCUUCUGUCAAACAGCAAGAGUAUCUGUGCCAUGUUUAUGUCAGGAACGAUGGUCUUGCGGGUGUGGUCAUCGCGGACAGCGAGUACCCAUCCCGGGUGGCCUUUUCCUUGCUGGAGAAGGUACUAGAUGAAUUCUCCCAGAAGGUCAACAGGAUAGAUUGGCCCGUAGGAUCCCCCGCCACCAUCCAUUACACGGCCCUGGAGGAUCACCUCAGUAGAUACCAGAACCCCCGAGAAGCUGACCCCAUAAGUAAGGUGCAAGCUGAGCUAGAUGAGACCAAGAUCAUUCUGCACAACACCAUGGAGUCGCUGUUGGAGCGAGGCGAGAAGCUUGAUGACUUGGUGUCCAAAUCAGAAGUCCUGGGAACGCACUCUAAAGCCUUCUAUAAAACUGCCCGGAAACAAAACUCGUGCUGUGCAGUCAUGUGACACACCCCAUGGAGGCUGGACCAUCGCCAUCACUCACAUCAGAACUGCAGCCACUGGAGAAGACGCCCUAAGAGGACCUGGGGCCGGGCGGACUUGUCAUUUUUACACUGAGUUCCCAGGAGGAACUGAGGGAUGGUGGAAGGGUGGGGAACGUCCAAGUUCAUAUGUCUCUUGUGAAUUUUGCAAAGAAUUUGAGGCCCCCAACGGUGUAAUUUUGGGAAAAUGAAACUAUAAACACUGAGCGGCUCCUGUAGAUGCUGAAGGGCACGCUCCUGCCUCCUGCAGGCUCCUGGGCCCAGUUCGGAGCUGGUCCCGGCAUAAUUGGCAGACACCUUUGGGUUUCAUCUGUGCACUAAGGGUGUUAACUCCAGGAAGGGGGGUGACAGGGUGGGCUGGGCAGAUGCAGGGGUGGGGUGAGCCUGCUUGUGGGCCUGUGGUUCCCACCAGGCCUGUAGGGGGCACUGGUCCCUGCAUCGCUUCAUGUUCUGUCCCUUUGUGCGCUCUGCCUCUGUGGGACUGGCUUCCUGAGGGCAGGGCCCAUCCUGGCUACCUUCCCCCCGCUGUUCCAAGGGCUUUGGAAGGAGCCGAGAUGGGCAUGUGAGUAGGCCAGGGACAGGUCCAGGGAAGGGUCUGGUCUGUGUGUCAAGCUGGCAGCUGGGAGUGUUGGCCCCAAGGGAAGAUCCAGACACAGGUGCCCUCAGCUGCCCGGGAUAAGGCACCUGCAGUGACCCACCAGGACCAGGAUGACUGGUCAUCAGGAUCAAAGGCGCUGUACUCAAAACUGAUUUGUAUGCCUCUGGCUGGGCACCUGCCUGGAAGUUGUGCACGUGGGCAAGUCUCUCCAAUGGGUGUCUGGAGGAGGUGCCAAGCCUGAAGACUGUCACCCCCCUGGGUCUGGUCUGAGCUGCCACCCCAGCAGCCGCCUUAGCCCCAAGGCCCAGCCCUGGAACCACUUGAGGGGCUGGGUCCCAACCACCUCUUCAUGCCUUGCUGUGACCAUGGUGCCCCACAGGGUCUUCCCUUGGGAAGCCACUGUGGGAUGCUGUCACCCCAUCCCUGAAGCCUGCCCUGCUUCCCAAGAGCUCCCUGGAGGGCAGGUGCAGGCAGGAAGGGUCACCCUACCCACUGGGUCGGUUACCUGCCACUGCCCCUUUUCUCUGGGACUCUGCUGCCAGAGGGCUCCGACCUCCCCAGGACUGUCCCUUUCCAUACCUGAGCUGGAGCCCAAGGGAGCAGGAAUGAGGGGCACUGGGGAGACAAGGUGGAGGGUGGGGUGAGUUUGGGGGAGAGGAGAGGAGACCAUCAGCGUUUCCUUGCUGCCUGUUGUAUUCCAGUAUCCAAGCUUGGCAAGAGUGUACUUUAGUAACUGCUGCCUAACUUCCCUAUGUCCUGUGUGAGAGGUCCCUGUCUGGAUAAAGUUCUUCUGAGAUGCCAAA